AUGCGGAAAGAGUUCAAGUUCAUGCUGUACUCGCACCUCGCGAUCGUGGUGGUGCUCGUGUACCUCACGUUCGACCUGCUCACACUCGCGAUCGACGACACGAACCAAGACGCUCUCCAGAACAGCGAGUUGAAUCCCAGCCCAGACAGCGACCACAGACCGCUACUGAUCCCCAAGAUCAUCCACCAGACCUACAAGACAGAAGAGAUUCCAGAACACUGGCGUGCGGGCCAGCAGCGCUGCAUCGACCUUCACCCCGACUACGAGUACAAGCUAUGGACCGAUGCUACGGCACGUGACUUCAUCCAGGAGUAUUACCCGGAGUUCCUCGACACGUUCGACGGGUACCGGUACCCGAUCGAGCGCGCAGAUGCGCUUCGGUAUUUCGUGCUCGCCCACUAUGGUGGCGUGUACAUCGACCUGGACGACGGGUGUGAGCGGCGGUUGGAUCCACUGCUCACGGUGCCCGCUUUCGUUCGGAAGACUUCGCCUACGGGCGUCUCCAAUGACGUGAUGGGUUCCGUACCACGUCACCCGUUCUUCCUGAAACUGAUGGCCUCGCUCAAACACUACGAUCGGAACUGGCUCGUGCCUUACAUUACCAUCAUGUUCUCUACGGGCCCGUUGUUCGUUAGCGUGGUGUGGAAACAAUACAAGCGCUGGGGUGUCCCCGCAGACGGCGUUGUGCGGAUCCUCCAGCCCGCCGACUACAAGAAACACACUUACUCGUUCUUCUCGAUCUCGCAGGGCUCCUCCUGGCACCUUGACGACGCCAAUUUCAUCAAGUCCCUCGCUAAUCACAUCCUGGCGUGCGUAGUGCUGGGAUUCGUGGUUGCGUUCGUCAUCUUGUACGGCGAAUAUUGUUUCUACUGUUGGCUAGUGUCGGGCGGUGGCGCCCGCAAAAUCAGCAACGCGAUGCGUCGCUGCUUCGCGUGGACUGGACUGGUACAGCGUAAUCUGCUGGACCCAACGGAGGCGGGUCUCCGUUACCGGAGACUCAGAAAGGAUUCCAAUUUGCCCGCCGAUAUCGUGAUCCCAGACCUCGAGGACCAGAUGGCGCAGGUCACGUAUAUGAGCGGCAAAUGA